AUGCAUCCCCUCAUUGCGAUCCUCAUGCUGCUGGAGUGGGCCCUCCUGAUCCUCAUCCUCGUGUCGGCCUGCAUGCGGGGGGCGAUGUUCCUGGCCAUCGUGACGCGGGGGCUGCCCGUCCUCGCCACCCUGAAGGAGAUGGCCUUCCUGCUGGGGACGGUCCUCUGGACAAUCCUCCUGAUAGAGAUCGCUCUCCUGGCCGUCCUGCUCGCCUACAUGACGCUGCAGACCUCGAAACACUCGCUGUCAGGAUCUCGGCCAAGACGAUGUCCGCAGCCAAUUCCUCGCAAGGCAAGGGCCUCAUCGUGA